AGUCCAAAGUCUUAGCUUCUGGGGACAACAUUGAAGCUGGACAUUGCAGCACUGUUCGGCAACGUCACGGGAGAGCUGAUGUUAUUGGACUUGUAACUUAUAACAGUAACUAUGGCAGGUCGGGACAGAGCGAUUGAGCUCCUUCGGCAGCUGCAGAGAGCUUCAUGCAGAUGCCCUGCACAUUCACAGAGUUACUCUCAAGCUCCUCAUCCUAGUGCCUGUGGUAAAACAACUGAUUAUGCAUUUGAGAUGGCCUGUUCCAAUAUCAGAUAUGGAGAAGGGGUUACCAAAGAGCUGAGCAUGGAUCUUCAGAAUAUGGGUGCCAGGAAUGUCUGCCUGAUGACAGAUAAGAACUUGGUGCAGCUACCACCAGUUAAAGCAGUGUUAAACUCUUUUUCAAAACACAACAUUAACUUUAAAUUAUAUAACAAAGUUCGAGUGGAGCCCACUGAUGCAAGUUUUAAGGAGGCUAUCGACUUUGCAAAGAAGGGAGAUUUUGACGCUUAUGUGGCAGUUGGUGGAGGUUCUGUGAUUGACACAUGCAAAGCUGCAAACUUGUACUCUUCCAAUCCAGAGGCAGACUUCCUCGAUUUUGUUAAUGCACCCAUAGGCAAAGGAAAACCCGUAACAACUGCUCUCAAGCCACUCAUUGCAGUGCCAACGACAUCAGGUACAGGAAGUGAAACAACAGGAGUUGCAGUAUUUGACUUUGAGCAUUUAAAAGCUAAAACUGGAAUUGCAAGCAGGGCACUCAGACCAACCCUGGGAAUGGUGGACCCUUUACAUACGCUGCAUUUGCCCCAGAGAGUUGCUGCUAACAGCGGAUUUGAUGUGCUAUGCCAUGCUCUGGAAUCCUAUACAGCUUUGCCAUACAAUAUGCGAAGCCCCUGCCCUACAAAUCCUAUAAACAGGCCUGCUUACCAAGGGAGCAACCCCAUUAGUGAUGUCUGGUCCAAGCAUGCUCUCCACAUUUUAGCUAAAUAUUUAAAAAGAGCUGUAAAGGAUCCUGGUGACCUGGAAGCAAGAUCGAGCAUGCACUUAGCGAGUGUGUUUGCUGGAAUAGGAUUUGGAAACGCUGGAGUUCACCUUUGCCAUGGAAUGUCUUACCCUAUUGCAGGCCUUGUUAAAACCUAUCAUGCCAAGGACUAUGUUGUGGAUCAUCCUUUAGUGCCUCAUGGUUUAUCAGUGGUGUUGACGUCCCCAGCAGUGUUCACUUUCACAGGGCCCAUGUGCCCUGAAAGGCACCUUGAAGCAGCUGCUAUUCUUGGAGCCAACAUCCGUAACAGGAAGCGAGAGGACGCUGGGCUGAUUUUGGCAGACACUCUGAGGAAGUUUUUGUUUGAAUUGGAUGUUGAUGAUGGCUUGGGAGCUGUUGGUUACACCAAAGAUGAUAUUCCAGCAUUAGUCAAGGGAACCAUACCCCAGGAAAGAGUGACUAAACUGGCACCAAGACCUCACACUGAAGAAGACCUCACAAAUUUAUUUGAAGCAUCCAUGAAAAUCUAUUAAUAGAAAUAUAGGAAUCAUGGCGUACUAAAUAUAUCAUUAAGCACAGGUGACACAUAUUAUGUGAUUGUGUGAUAAUUCAAGAUCACAUUUGUUUAGUUGCACUUUUAAUUUUUAAGUCAUUUAGAUUAAAAUUAUACACUUAAUGGGCAAAUUGUUAGACACACACUACACUCUGCUAAUACUGGUUAGGGUCUCCUUUUGCUCUCAAAACAGCUUCAGUUCUUCAUGGCAUGGAUUCCACAACAUGUGGGAAACAUUCCUUUGAGAUUUCCUGUCCAUGUUGACAUGAUUACAUCACACUGGUUCUGCAGAUUUUCUCAGCUGCACAUUCAUGUGAUUCUCCUUUUCUGUUACAUCCCAAAGUUCUUCUAUUGGUUUCAGGUCUGGUGACUGGGAGAGCCACUGCAUUGUCAUAUUCAUGAAGCCUGUUUGAUUUAAUGAUUUUAUUACAAUCAAAUAGCAUUCCAUACAAAUAACUAAGUUUUACAUAAAAAGAGGUUUGAAACAAAUCAACUCCCACUCCUGAGAAAGAGAGCUAGGCCAGCAGAGUAAAACUUAAAACUAGUAAAAAUAAGUAAAUAGAUAAAUUAGUAAAUGAGUAAAGGUAAAUGGAGUAAAAGAGGGGAGAGAACCUGCUUCCUCAAUUUAAAUGCUUAUUCUAAAAUGUUAUUGAUCAGAUCCUGCCAGGUUUUGAAAAUGUUUUGUACAGAUCCUCGAAGUGCAAAUUUGAUUUUUUCCAGUUUCAAAUAGCAUGUAACAUCAGUUACCCACUGACUUAGAAUAGGAGAGUUAGGAUUCUUCCAGUUGAGUGAGAUAAGUCUACUUGCCAAUAGUGUAGUGAAGGCAAUCACAGUUUGUUUGUCCUUCUCCACUUUAAACCCAUCUGGACGUACGCCAAACACAGCUGUUAAUGGGUUAGGAGGGAUUGUGACACCAAGGCUGUCUGAUAGGCAUGCAAAGAUUUUGGUUCAGAAUGACAUUAGUUUGGUGCAGGCCCAAGACAUGUGGCCUAGUGAGGCUGGAACUUGAUUGCAGCGUUUGCAGGUUGGAUCUUGCCCUGGAAACAUUUUGGACAGUUUUAAGCGAGACAGAUGUGCUCGAUAUAUAAGUUUGAAUUGAAUAAUUGUAUGCAUUGUGCAUAUUGAGCUCGAGUGAAUUCUCUGCAUUGCUACUUUCCACUCCUUUUCUGAGAUGUUGAGUGAGAGAUCCUUUUCCCAAUGUACUCGUGGAUCUUUGAAAGGAAGGAACUGUAAAAUGGUUUUAGAUAUUACAGAAAUGCUCUCUGAGUCCUCGAGACUGAGCAAUAUUUUUUCUGCCAUAGAGGUAGGUGGGAGGUGAGGAAAAUCGGGCAGGUUCUAUUUAACAAAGUUCCUAAUUUGAAGAUAGUGAAAGAAAUGUGUUGCUGGAAAGUUAAAUUUGGAAUGUAAUUGUUCAUAGGAUGCAAAGACAUUGUCUAUGUACAGAUCUUUAAGUGAUUUAAUCCCAAAUGUUUUCCAGAUAUUAAAAACUGCAUAUGUUUCAGAGGGUGGAAAAAGGUGGUUCUCAAGCAGAGGUGCCACAGUUAAAAGCUUCUUUAUCUUAAAAUGCUUUCUACAUUGGUUCCAUAUUCUGAGUGAGUGAAGCACAUUUCAGUUGUUAGUAUAUUGGCAAUAACUUGCAUUUAUUGGGGUGCAAAGCAAGGAAUAUAAGGAAGUACUGCAGGAUUUUAUUUCUAUAGCAGACCAAGCCUGUGUAUGUUCAUCUAUUUGUGUCCAUGUCCAGAUUUUUAUAGCUUGUAUAUUUUCUGCCUAGUAAUAAAAUUGAAAGUUAGGUAGAGCCAUGCCACCUUCUGCCUUAGGUCUUUGUAGGGUUGCACUUUAGAUAUGUUGAUGUUUUGAAUUCUAAAUAAAUGAGGUUAUGGUUGAAUCUAAUUUCUUAAAAAAAGAUCUACUGAUAUAUACUGGGAUGUUCUGAAAUAAAAAGAGAAGCUUAGGAAGGAUAUUCAUCUCAACAACAUUAAUUCUUCCAGCUAAAGUGAGAUGAAGGGUUGGCCAUCUAUGCAAGUCUUGCUUAAUUUUUUCCACACAGACGGCAAAAUUUUGUUGAUAAAGAGCUUUAUAUUUACUUGUGAUGUUUACCCCUAUGUAUUUAAACUGAUCUGCGUUGAUAAAAGGGAAGGUGUCCAAUCUAACAUUGUGUACUUGAGAAUUCACUGGAAAGAGCACACUUUUAUUGAAAUUGAUUCUGAGACCAGAAAUCUUUUGAAAUUCUAUUAGUGCUGUUAGGACCGCCGGCACAGUAUUUUGUGGAUCUGAUAUAUACAGUUUGAGAUGACCUUUGCUUUGUGACAUGCUGCAUUACCAUGCAGAAGUACCCAACAGAAGAUGGGUAAUUGUGGCCAAGGAAAGGAUGCACAUGGUCAUCAAUAAUACUCAAAUAGACUGUAACAUUCAAGCGAUGCUUGAUUGGUAUUAAAAGGCCCAAAGUGUGCCAAGAAAACAUUCCCCACACCAUUCCACCACCACCACCAGCCUGGACUACUGACACAAGGCAUAUUGGGUGCUUGGAUACAUGCUAUUGGCACCAAAUUGUUGACGCUACCAUCCGUAUGCCUCACCAGAAUUCAAGAUUUGUCAGACCAGAUUACAUUUUUCCAGUCUUUAGCUGCCCAGUUUUGGUGAGCCUGUGUUCACUGUAGCCUCAGCUUUCUAUUCUUACCUUGCAGGAGUAGAACCCGACAUGGUCUUCUGUUUUUAUAGCUCAUCUGCCUCAAGGUUCGAUGUGUUGUGCAUUCUGAGAUACUUUUCUGCUCGUCCCAGUUAAACAGAUUAGUUAUCUGAGAGUUUUUCUGUCAGCUCAAACCAGCCAGGCCAUUCUCUUCUGACCUCUUUCAUCAAUAAGGCCUUUCAGUCCACAGAACUGCUGCCUAAUAGAUGUUUUUGUUUUUUCCCGCUAUUUUAUGUAAAGUCUAGUGACUGUUGUGCAUGAAAAUCGUAGGGGAUCUGCAGUUACUGAAAUACUCAAAUCAGCCUGCAACAAUAAUGACAGUUGAAAUCGCUGAGAUCACAUUUUUCCCUGUUCUAGUGUUGAAUGUGAACAUCAACUGAAGCCCCUGGCCUGUAUCUGCAUGAUUUUCUGCAUUGCACUGCUGCCAUGUGAUUGGCAGAUUUGAUAACUGCAUGGAUAAGCAGGCGUAUGGGUGUUCCUAAUAACUUGCUAAGUGAGUGUAUAUAAUAAAUGGAAAAAUGAUCUUUGCACAGGCCGAAAUUCUUCCAUUUUCUAAACCCAUUUCAUGCAUUUCAAGUCGAUGAGUCAAUCACUGAGCAUAAAGUGUGACUCAAACCUGGACGAGGUACCUGAACAUCAUUGGGGUCACUCAUAUACUAUCUUAUAGGGAUAUUUUAGUAUCAGUGGUACCUCUGACAUUCACGUUUACGUGCUGUGGGAGGAAUGCUGAAGAAAAGCCAAGCGUCUAUUGUAGCAUCCUGACAUGGACUGCAACCAGGCAGCAGACUGAAUGAACCUGUAGCUGUGGCACAAAUACAUUAAAUGAGCACUUCUUAUUUAGCUUCAUACAGUAAAGGGUCUCUCGUGUUACAGAUUUAUAAGCAAUUAUAUUACAGAGUUAAUUUAUGCAGGGACAUCAUGUCAUCACUUUAAGGCAAAUUGUGUAUUUUAAUUAUAAGCAAAAUAAUUCAAGGAACAAAAAAUGCCAAGAUUUCUUGCAAAAGAUAAAGGGAUGAUAGUAUCAUCACUAUCACUUCUUGUUUAUUGUGGUGCCAAAGAGCAGCAGUAUAUUACGUGUCAGGUAGAAAUAUAAGUAAGAAUUGCACUGUAAUCUGUAAACAAGACAGUACUACUGCCACUACUAUUACGAUAUGAUAACAUACAGUUUAUAUACCUACAUAAAGGGGCUGAAGGGGAACCACAUGUUCAUGUCACCAAGGUGUACAAAAAGUUCUGUUGACAAAAAUGAAACCACCAGCAAGGGCAUAACACAUUAGGGGCUAAAAAAAUCCAUUUUCUAAACUUGCUCUAUUCUGAACAGGGGAGCCGGAGCCUAUCCCAGCAAUCACCAGGCACAAGGUAGGGACAACCCCUGGACAGGGUGAAGGCACCACACUAGGGCCAAUUUAGCAUCGCCCACCCACCUAAUGUGCAUGUACAGUAUUUGGAAUCCGAGAGAAAAUUGGAGCACCUGGAGGAAACCCGUGAGGACACAGGGAGAACAUGCAAACUCCAUUGAGGGAGAUCCCUGAUUUCCUUACUAUGUGGGCACAGCACUACCACUGCACCACCCCAGAUUGAAAAAUGACCAAGAAAACCAAAGCUGGGCUGCCCACUGGGCCUGCUUCAAUCCAGCCUUAUUAUAUGAGUUUUCUACUGCCUUGCACACCAUAACCCUCCAUGCCUUUCCUGAUUUACUGAACCCCAGUUGAGUGCUUGCCAACCCUGUCUCUUGACCCCACAUUUAUCUUGGUGAAGUCCACUCCAGUGCCCUAGGAAAUUCCUGAGGCCAUCUGGCUCAACUCCCGCAAGGGGAACCCUUGCAAUCCUGGAUCUCCACCUUCUCCUAAAAGGUCAGGUGGGAGCCAUGCAUUAGUUAACUGGCUUUUCUUCCUGUGACCUAACAGCUUAGUUGUUCUUAAAAGUCCUCCAUCCAUACUUAAAUCCUGGGAAAACGACCCCAGUUCCAAAAGAGUUGGGAUGCUGUGUAAAAUGUAAAUAAAAAAAGAACGCAGUGAUUCAGAAAUCUCAUAAAGCCGUAUUUUAUUUUAAAUGAAAACAUUUAGCUCAUCAUGAAACGAAAAAUAUGGCACAGAAGACCCAGGACUGUUGAGCAGCUAGAAUCCUACAUUAGACCAGAAUGGGACAACAUUCCUCUCCCAAAAGUCCAGAAAUUGGUAUUCUCAGUUCUCAGACAUUUACAGACUGUUGUUAAAAGAAGAGGGGAUCCCAAACAAUGUUCAACAUGGCCCUGGCCCAACUUUUGGGGACGUGUUGCUGCCAUCAAAUUCAAAAUGAUCUUAAUCUUUUCUUAAAAUGGUAUGUUUUCUCAGUUUAAACAUUUGAUUUGUUUUCUGUGUUCUAUUGGUGAAUAAAAUAUGGGUUUAUGAGACUUGCUAAUCACUGCAUUCUGUUUUUAUUUAAAUUUUACACAGCCUCUCAACUUUUUUGGAAUUGGGUUGUCAUAAACUCCUGGGCCCCAACAAUUACAUUGAAGCCCAGCACCCCUUAUUAGUGGCAGUCCAAUGUAACUGCCCUGUAUAUGUACUUCAGACUUUCAGAGGUGUAGACAUUUGAAAUGAUGGCUGUUUUAUUAGGCUGUUUUCUGCAUAUCCGUGAAUAAUUAGGUAUUAUCUACAACAUGCAUUUUAUAUGCUAAACUGUUUUUCUCAAACAUGCUUAUAUAAAAUGAGCUAAAUGUUCAUCAUUUACCAGCAGUGCCUUUAUUAUAAAUCAAGUUCAUGAAUGACCUAUUAACAGAUGAUGUUUGUUUAAAGUUCAGCCAAAGUCCACUAAAGUUCAACUCUCUUAUUUAAAAGAGUGAGUGCAAGUUCUGGAUGCAGCAGAAAAAUAAUCUGCUAAUUUGAAGUGCCUGUGUGAAGUGUUCACUCGAGUCUGUGAAGGAGCUCAGUGUCCAUUCUCAGUUUAUUCUGGUACAGCGCUCUUCAUCUAGUGUUGUAUGCUUCUUGUUGAAUCUUAAAGGUGUUUGUCAAGUUUUUACGUAAUCUGGUGUUCAUCCUCAGAUUGUAUCCUUUUUAUUUGCUGCCCAGUGUCAUACAACUGGAAACCCUGAUCAUCCUCUUCAAUUCAGUGAACAUAUUACAACCUGUGAACAGGUCUAGAUGUGGAGGUUCAAGAUUACAUUGUCAACAGGGGCCAUCAUUUUUGUGCAGAAAGCAAAUUUUUAAGUCAGCUACAUCUUAUAUUUCUGUGUAACAUGUUUCAGAAUACAAUAUUUCAUGAAACCACCAGCAGGAAGUAAGGGUUGCAUUGGAAGCAAUUUUGUUUUUCUAGAGGAAUGGAUAUCCUGGCAGGACAUAUAGAGAAAUGUAUGGCAUACUAAUGACGUACUUCUGAAUGUUUUCCUUCUUCUUCUUCUGAGCCUUAUUGUGAGGCUGACUUGUGUGUAGUUAUUGGGCACCUUCGCUGUUAACUUGCUUAAUCUUCUGUUUUGAUUCGCUAAUCCUACUCGUGAUGCAAGUAGCAAAUCCAACUAAGAACAAAAGAUAUAAAAACAUCCAUCCAUCCAUUUUCCAACCUGUUGAAGCCGAACACAGGGUCACGGGGGUCUGCAGGAGCCAAUCCCAGCCAACACAGGGCGCAAGGCAGGAACCAAUCCCAGGCAGAGCACCAACCCACCGCAGGACACACUCACCCACACACCAAGCACACACUAGUGCCAAUUUAGAAUCACCAAUCCACCUAAAAGUAAACCAGAGCACCCCCAAGCAAACACGGGGAGAACAUACAAACUCCACGAAGGGUGGACCCAGGAUGCAAACCCGUGUCUCCUUAUUGCAAGGCAGCAGCGCUACCACUGCACCAUUGUGCCGCCCUAUAAAACCAUUGUAAUAUCAUAUCAGCAGGACACAGAUCCAAAAGCUAGGCAGAGUUCAAAAAACAUCUUAUCAAAGCCUCAUGACGUUCCUCAAGCCACUUGGUAAACUCGGUGAGCCCAUGGCCUAGUUUGGCCUCAUCAUUGUGGAUGCGUUUUUCUGAUUGUAUCUUUUUCCCACCAGUUCCCCUUGAGAUGACACUCUUUAACCUAAGUUCUCUCUUCAAAACAAUUAAGCACAUCUAGCCAAAGGCUGUCCAUGUGUGAACUUUACAUUCAUAAGAAUUCAACGGUGUCUUCUGUUCCUAUUUUAUGGUUCUCUAUUAGCAUGUACACUUGGGAUUAAUGUGUUAAAAUUCUGAAGAUCCUACUGGUUAAUGAACAGUUGAUCAAAUCAAUCAAAAUAAAUGUCAUUUACAGCCAACAUCA